CCAAUACAUCUCUUACUUAGAUUUAUUAGUAUUUUAGUUAUUUUCUUAUUCAUCUAUGGCACAUAAGAAUUAACAACUGCUUUCCCUUUAAGCUUUUAUGUUUUGUUAGCUAAUUCUCGAAUUUUUUCAAAAUCAUCUUUAUUCUCGAAGGAGAUUCAAAGAUCCUGCAAAUUCGUUUGGUGCAUGAGAUUAACUUCAUCACAUCACCCCUUGAUUUAACUUCAUUUUUGAUCUUUUAAGUGCUUUUUUACUCUUUUCUGGUUCUGGUUGUGCAUGAUCUUUUGAUUUCCGAUUCUACGAACAUUAUUAUUGCUGGUAAGUCAUUUGGUCAUGAUUAUUAAUUCAAACUUUCGAUUUCUAGAAUUCAAGAAGCGAGAAGUUAGUUUGGUUAUAUCAAAACGACACUACAGAAACAAGAAAAAUCUAUUUUUCUGCUUCUAAUAUCCUCAAAAUCAAAAGAUGAAAUUUAACUCGUCUAUAUACGUAUAUUAGAAAAUGAACAUAAAAUCCAGUUCCAGCGCAAGCACAAGGUAGGAGGAGUAUAUCAUCUACGGGCCGACAGCAUCAGUGCCCAUAAUAAUGGAAUAAUCUAUCUCACCUUUAUCCAUUUAUUAUUAAUUCUUUUUCAAGUUAUUUCCAUUUUCCGAAAAAUAAAAUAAAAAAUAGAGAGAGCCAAACCGUUAAUUUUCUCUCUCCUCUAAAAGGGGCAAAUCGAAAAGAGGAGAGGAUACUACUGAACUAUAUUAGUGAGAAUAGAGAGAAAAUAGAUUACAAAACCCUAGAAGAAAAAAAAAAUAAUUAGGGUUUUAAUUCGAUUUACUUCAGUUUGAUUUAAUUUUUGUAACUAAAGAUUGAAAUUAAAGAAGUGUAAAUUUAAUGGAUUUGAUAUUUAGAAGUGGAUAUUGUUUGUACAUUGAUGGUUGAUUUUGUUUUUAUAUUUUUGAGAGUAUAAAUGCUUCUUGGGAGAUCUUUCUCAUCUUGGUUCCAUCAGAUUCUUGCAUGCAUGGGAGCAGAGGUUGUCUUGGAUGUUGUACAAAGCCCGCACCAAUUAUUGCUGUGGAUGAGCCAUCAAAGGGACUGAGAAUUCAAGGGAGAACUGUGAAGAAACCCAGUAUAUCAGAGGAUUUUUGGAGCACUAGCACAUGUGAGAUGGACAACAGUGCAAUUCAGUCUCAACGUAGCGUCUCAUCAAUCAGCACAUCAAACCAAACUCUAGAUUCCCAGAGUGGAGCUGGCAGCACAAGCAAUCCACCCGAAUUUGUGAAUCAUGGUCUUCUUCUCUGGAAUCAAACUAGGCAGCAGUGGAUAGGAAACAGAAAUUCUGGUAACCCAACACCACAGGUUCAAGAGCCGAGGUUAAGCUGGAAUGCAACCUACGAUAGUUUACUUGGAACCAACAAGCUUUUUCCACAGCCCAUCCCUCUCUCUGAAAUGGUAGACUUUCUUGUGGAUGUGUGGGAGCAAGAGGGGAUGUACGACUAAAGUGUUAAAGACGCUAGGUUGGGAAUAAGUUUCCUUGUGUUUAUUCUGAAAGGUUUCCUCGUGUUUAUGUAUACUUUCAGGGUAUAGGGUAAGAACGAUAACAAAAAAAGAAGAAAUUAUUGGAGGAAAUAGGGUAAUUUAUACCUGAUCAACUGUAAUAUUCACAUAUGUUUCCCACUGGUCAACAUUAUUUUAGUUAGUGAUACAUACUACAUUUGUCUA